UGUGAUUGGUCUGCUUUGUUUCCAUACCCUGUUCAUCGUCAGGCGUUCCCCUGUGAGGUGUUUGACCUCGUAUAAAGUAGUUUUAUUUGGAGCUAACCACCGUACCAUCAUCAGAAGACGCUUCAGACAUUUGUUUGACAACUCUGUCGAGGCUGUGGACACCACAAUUCCCGUCGUAUGGUGCGGAAUUUCGACUUGGCUCGCAGCAACCCCUUGUUUGCCCGUAAGGGCAUGACGCUGCAAAACCUCUGAUCAAGCUGGCCUGAUUCGACCAGACCACACGACGAUCCUUUUGUGAACCCGGAGGCGGAUUGACAACGAUAUUAUCGACGUAAUAUACGCUCAUUUUUUGUAAUAAUGGCUGUGAAAACCUCCAAGCAUAGCAGCGGUCACCCAUCAUGCACCGCAACCGUGACGUCACGCAGCCAAACAUCCCAGCUGAGUGGAGUUUUUGUUGUCGGGUCUGUGGUCGGGCAGCGUUAGAUGUGAGGUGUUGUGGUGCCUGUGAGCGUAUUCCGGCUAUCUCUAAGUGAGACCUUGUGACGUGAAUCUGAACCAAAACCUUCUGAGAGCAAGCCUGGCAUCGAGCGCGGACUCAGACGACGGUGGAGCGUCUUCGCCACCGCGCAAAAAACAGCGUAUUUCUCCGUCUACCAUGCAGGCAACGAAUGGCUGCCCUACACACAAUGAAGACCCAGCGGCCUCGACAAGUUACGGCAAUGCGGACAGCUUCCAGAACGGUGCGAAUGAAAACGGACAGCUGGUCUCCAGGGAUUCCUCUGUAUCGGCAAAGAUUAAAUCGAGCACUGAACAGGACAUCAUACGUUUGAUCGGGCAACACCUUCGCGGACUGGGACUCAACCGCACGGCGGAGCAACUGAUCCAGGAGUCAGGCUGCGGCUUGGAUCAUCCGGCAGCAGCCAAGUUUCAAGCACACAUCAUGGAUGGCGAUUGGCCGAAGGCAGAGAAUGACCUCGGCGAACUCAAGCCUCUCUUGGAAUCCCCACAAGCCAUGACCGAGAUGCAGUUCUUGGUACUGGAGCAAAAGUACCUGGAGCAACUGGAAGACGGUCGGCUACUCGACGCGCUCCACUGUCUACGACACGACCUUACCCCACUCAAGCACAACACAGAACGAGUUCAUGAGCUCUCCAGCUACAUGAUGUGUGGCAGUUCGGAAGAGUUGCGCACCAUGUCUCACUGGGAAGGAAAGGGCCAUCACUCUCGACAAAAACUGAUGGAGAAAUUGCAGGGUGAGUUCUCCUCUACCUCACAAGUGUUCCUCCCUCCGAGCGUGAUGCUUCCCCCUCGGCGACUCCGAGCGCUUCUCAGCCAGGCCGUGGAGCUCCAGCGGGAUCGUUGCCCCUACCACAACUCCCCGCCUCCAAAGUGCAGGGGCACGGGAGUGCCCCUGGAAGAGGGGUGGUGCCUCCUGACGGACCACGUUUGUUCCCGGGAACAGUUCCCCUGCCGCACGACACAGGUGCUGCAUGACCACUGCGACGAGGUCUGGUUCUGCAACUUUUCCCACUCGGGGGCGCUGCUCGCGACGGGCUCGAAGGACUCGACGGUCAUCGUUUGGGAAGUCCAUCCUACUACCCUCACGUUAUCCCGGAAACGCUCCUUCGAAGGCCACUCCUAUGGGGUGUCCUACAUCUCCUGGAGCCCCGACGACACGUACCUCAUUGCUUGCGGUCCCGAGGACUGUUCAGACCUCUGGAUCUGGAAUGUUGAGACUGGAGAGCUGAGAGUGAAGAUGACGCAUUCACCAGAAGACAGCCUGACAUCCUGUGCCUGGCAUCGAGAUGGCAAGAAGUUUGUUACCGGCGGCAUUCGCGGCCAGUUCUACCAGUGUGAUCUGGAUGGGAACGUGCUGGACUCAUGGGAAGGCGUCCGCGUCCACGGUCUGCACUGUAGGAGCGACGGCAAGACUGUCCUGGCGGCCGACACUCACAACCGGAUACGAGGCUACAAUUUUGACGACCUCACGGAUUUUAAUGUCAUCCAAGAGGACCACUCUAUCAUGUCUUUCACCUGUGACAACACCGGUCGCCUAUGCUUGCUCAACAUUGCCACACAGGGAGUGCACCUUUGGGACCUGGAGGACAAAGUCUUAGUACGGAAAUACCAGGGUGUCACGCAGGGAUAUUACACCAUUCACUCUUGCUUUGGGGGAGUCAACCAGGUGUUCAUUGCCAGUGGUAGUGAAGACAACAAAGUUUACAUCUGGCACAUAAAAUGGGAGAAGCCCAUCACAGUCCUGCAGGGCCACACGCGGUCGGUUAACUGCGUGUCUUGGAACCCGGCACAUCCUUCCAUGUUGGCCAGUGCCUCGGAUGAUGCCACAGUCCGCAUUUGGGGUCCCGCAUUGGACACGACGAGACCCACAUCUCAGGGUGACGCAUCAUCAUCUCCACAUGGCAGCAAUGGCGUCUGCGAUGGCGAGGGGAACUCUGUCGUCUAGCAACACCCUCUCCCUCCUUCACUUUUACUCUCCGAGUGCGCCCUAGGAAUAUUUUUUAAAAUGAAACCGUAAAUAACUAACUGAAUAGUGCAAGUGUUUUGCCUUGCAUCAGGCACUUUGAGUGGACAGCCUCUCUGCUCUUUGCUAUGCAUGGGUGGCAAGUGCAUGCAUCAUGUCGCCUGUGUUGGUAUUCGAGGAAACCAAACACACGGAAGACAGGUCACUGAUCAAUACUGCUGUGGCCUGUAUCCUUUAAAUAUGUACAUCUAUGUCACGGUCAUCAAGGUCAAUAGUGACCAGGUUGAUCGAUAUUGAUCAAGCAGUUACGGUGGCCAUUGGUCGAAUACUUCUCGCGCCAGUAUUCGUCACAUCAGUACUACGGACAUCGGGUCAAUACUGGUCGGCCAAUAGUUAUCGUGCGGGUAGGACGGGCGACAUGUCGGUUAGCGUCUGACCACCAUUUUUGAAAUUAUGUACAGUUGCCAACCAGGCAAUACCGAUCGUGUCACAUUCAGUGUGGUACAUAUCUGAUCAAUAUUGCGAGUGUCAAUAUUAUUCAGAUAGAUACAAUGGGCACCUCGUCAGUGUUGAUCGUGCCAUUCUCCCAAAUGGUGUGGUCUUGGCAGCAUUAAUAGUACUGUCAGGUCAAUAAAAGCGUGGGUAUGUUGACCAAAUGGGUAUCCAUGUCUUUAUGACAACACACGAUACUGGUGAAAUGGCUACCAUGGUUAAUACCUACAAUGUCAAUGUUGUAAAAAAAAGAUAUGCGUAACAAAUAGUGAUCAGGUGCGCACUGCGACAGUAACAGUGAUACGGAUUUGGGCAGUAUUGAUCAGGUAGGAACCAUAAUCAUAAUUUCAAUCUUAACAGGAUCAGCAUUGAUCAGCUGUGAUCAACAAUUCAUCAACUGUGAUUGAUCAAUAAUUCUAAUUUCGGUGCUGAUGGGACCAACAUAUUGACCGAAUAUGUACCGUGGGCACCGGGCCAAUAUCUAUUGGACAGACUGAAUGUCCAGAUUGGUAUUGUCACCACUUUACGCAAGUGCCACCUUCAGUUGACAUGGAAAGCCGAGAUGGCCUGGCACAGUGACAACAGCACUUGUAGUGUUGACCAAAUUGAGUACUGACAUCACAGCAUCUGUGAUACCAGGCACAAAAUUGAUUCAUAUAAUGUUAACAUAACCCUUGUAGCAUGCAAGCAAAGUGUACUGGGGUUAAGUGUGGUAGACUAAACAUUCUAGAAAAAUCAAGUGCAUGCAUGUGUGUGGAUGUUCAAUUCUUGAUGCUGUACAUAAUUCUUUUUUUUUUUUUUUUUGAGUAGUGCAUUACCAUUCAUUAUGCUUUGAAAGAAAAUGUUGAACAUGUUUUGUACGAAUGUCCUUUUGUUGAAGCAAUGUUUUGAAAACAAAGGCCUGUUUACAGAGAUAUAUUGUUGCACAAAGUUUGUGAGUGUUGUCAGUGAGGAGUACUUAGGCUUGUGGUGUUUCUGCAAUAUGUUUUUACAAGUUUACGAAGCUAGCACCAUGUUUUUAAUGAGAGAUGCAUCGAGAGACAACACACGUUUCUCGCUGCUUGGUGGACGUACGUGAAUGCAAAAUGUUUGGAUUUUUUUGCUCACAUCGAAUGAGAACAGGCAUGUAACAGGAGAAAGAUAUGGGCAACAAAUACAGUUUUAUCAGAGCCAUCA